UUAAGUCUUUUUGUUUUACUUACUUAAAUUAAACAGAAUAUUCAUUUUACAUCUAAAUUAAGACAGAUUAUUUUUACAUGGUUUUAACUCCAUUUUACUGUUUAAACUAAAUUUAAAAAGUCAUUUUACAGGUAAAUUUGCUCACCGGUGUCUCUGUGUUUCCUUCACAUUCCUGGUUUGGUUUGUGUUUUCACCUGGACCGAGUUCAAGGAGACACACCUGGACUCUGCUGCCCUCUACUGGACACACUAAGAACAACCUGAUAAAGUCAUAAAAAAGGAGAGGAGAGGUGAAUGAGCUCAGGAGCUGAAGACUCAGAGCAGAGGAGCUUCACGUCCCGUCACACUGAGCCGCGUCCCGCUCAUCAAACUCCUGCGCGUCACAUCAGAUGGCUUCAGACUGUAACUCACCUGUGGAGAUGGCGGCUCUGGGUCGGUCUUUUCUCCUGGGCAUGUUUUACGACUGCAGAUCUGACACACUGGUCCCAGGCCUGACUUUCUGGGACCAGGAGAAGCUGGACAAAGACAUGAGAGUGACUCCUAAACCCAGCACUCAGUGUCAGAUCGUGGCAUCUGAUCACCUCUCUGAGAAGGCCUCUUCACUCGGAGUGGAGGCUGGACUUAAAGCCAGUUUUAUGAGUGGACUUGUGAAGGUUCAAGGGUCAGCAAAAUAUCUGAACGAUAAGAAAAGUUCCAGAAGACAGGCCCGAGUCACUCUGCAGUACAAAACUACAACAGAGUUUAAAACACUGACCAUGAACCAGCUCAGCAAAGACAACUUAAAGCACCACGAGGUCAUUGACAAAGGUCUAGCCACACAUGUAGUAACAGCCAUCCUCUACGGAGCCCAGGCCUUCUUUGUGUUCGACCAGGAAACAUCUGAAGAUGAAAAUGUCCGAGACAUUCAGGGAAACCUGAAGGUGAUGAUUGAAAAAAUUCCACUGAUCUCCAUUGAUGGAAAAGGGAAUCUGAAAAUGGAGGACAGAGACAGAGAAAAGGUGAACAAGUUCUCCUGCACUUUUCACGGAGAUUUCUGUUUAGACAAAAGUCCAACGACAUUUGAAGAAGCAGUAAAAGUUUAUCAAGACCUGCCCAAACUUCUGGGCCCCAAAGGUGAGAACGCAGUCCCUGUGAGGGUGCACCUGCUGCCCCUCAGCGCCUUAGACUCUGCAGCGUCUAAACUGGUGCGUCACAUCAGUCUGAGGUUAGUCUGUGAGACAGAGAACGUCCUGGAGAACUUCAGGGAGCUGGACAUGAUCUGUAAUGAUGUCCUGAAGAGUCCUGCAGGGCAGAACUUCUCACACCUUUUUGAAAAAGUCAAAACCUUUAACUCUUUGUGCUCCGAGUUCCUCCUGGGACUCCAGGGAACUCUGGCCACGAAGCUUCCAUCGAUCAGAGGAGGAGGAGAGGAGGAGGCUGCUCUGGCAGAAGUCCUGAAGAGGGCAGCAGAGAGUCCAUUCAGCUCUCACCGUUUGAACCAGUGGAUGAACGAGGUCGUUAAGGAGACCAACACCAUAAAAGUCCUCACAAAACUGAUGAGAAACACAGAAUUCGUCUCUUCUGAAAAUGACCUCGUAGAGAAGGUGAGUGACUCAGAGAAAGCCCUGGUGUUUGUGUUCACGUCUCUGGAGAGGGCAGAGCCGUACCUCGAAGAACUGAAGAACCACCUACAGGGGAUUCAAACCCACGAGUCUGGAGCAGAGCCCACACCCUGGUACAAGACUAAAGAUGUGAUCCACCGAAUGAGACAUAAAGCAAAGGUGUUUAGUGACUUUGCAGACGCCAACAAAGACCAGGACACAAAGGCUCUUCGGUUCCUGGCAGUGGGUUUGACUGAUGAAAACCACAAAGAAGCAACCAUCUAUCUUUAUGAAGACGGGUUCCUCAGCAGUGAGAGCUUUGAGCUCCCUUCUAAACCAGACUCAGUGACUGUGAGCAGAGCCACAGCGCACAGCGUGAGUCUGCAGGUCAGAGCUCUCUCAGUGGGAGCGGAGAACGUCUGUGGAUACAGAGUGGAGUUCUGUGAGAAAGGACAGGAGCAGUGGAAGCAGCAGCUCCAGGCUGAAGCUGGAGAGGUCACAGUGACAGGCCUGAUCCCAAACACAGAGUACAGCUUCACAGUGAGAGCCGUCACUGAGGCGGGAGUAGGUCCAGCUGCUCCUCACACCUCCAUGAAAACCUUACCCUGCGGCCCUCCAGAAGACCCCAGCGCCAUGUCCACCUCCUCAAAGAUCUACGCCCGCUGGAGGAGACCUGCACAGGUGGGACCAGGCGCCCAGAUCCUCAGAUACAUCGUGGAGUACGCUGAGACCGGAGACACACUCCAGUGGAGGAGAGAAGAGUCCCAUUCUGAGGAGAAGGUGAUCUCUGGACUUAAGCCUCGGACAGAGUACAUCCUCAGGAUCUUCUGUGACUAUGGAGAGAACAGAACCAGCUCAGAAAGCUCCACUGUGACCAUCACCACCAAAACAUUCACUGCAGCAGAACUCACCACUGCCACAUUUAGUCGAGCAGAACGCUUUUGAGGAAGAGCAUCAAGAUUCAUUCUGGAAUA